AUGAAAUGUGUACUAGUAUUUGUUGUUAGUGCGUUCGCUCAAAUCUACUAUUGCAAUGGAGUAUUGGAGCGAUCGUUCAGUGCAGAGCACAGUGCUGAUAAGGAUUUAGAGCACUCCCGCCGAUCGCAGCGGUCACAAUUCAAGUCAGGCGGCAGUGAUUUUGGUGAUUUAGAAAAUUCUCAGAAGCCAGCAGUUCCACUUUUUGGUGCGCACUUUCUGCACGGCUCUACAAAUGGUAGAAUGGUACAGCCGCAUUCCAGCCGGCAACAGCAUCAUCAAGAUCAACAACAGCAACAAAAGCUUGACAUAAAACAUCAUCAAUGUCAACAGCAUCAGCAAAAACAACGACCACAAGCAGUAAAAACAAUUAUAGCUAAUAAUCGGCAGAUGCCAAAAAAUAAUCAGCAAACUGGCCCAGCAGAACAACACAUGAACCACCAACACCAGCCAAAUUACAAGCUUAAUCGGCAAUAUAAUAGCAAUAACAACAACAACGCAAACGAUCAUAUUGAUAGAAGCAAUGGAAGUAAUAACAGGAAUGACAAUAAACAUCGAGGGGUUCAGGGACACCACGAUCAGUUUGGGAUUGUGCAUGAAAACAAUCAAAAUAACAGCAAUAUUAAAAAUAAUUAUCACAACAACUUUACAAUGAGCAAAAUAAAUAAUAUUAACACCAGUAAUGUUGCUAAAAAUAUCAAUGGCGAUGCCAACAGUGCGCCACGUAGCAUCCCAAAACUCGCCAUCAUAGACACCGCAACGACAACGAUGACUACAAAGGCAUCAGCAACAACUGCAACAAUGAAAACUACAGCAUCAACACCCGCCGACCAAAAAGGGCUUCCUCUGAAAUCGAUUGCAGGCAUACAACAUACGCUGCCAUCAACAUCUACACCCGUCCAGCAACCCAUUCCACAGAAUACGAAACUACUAAAUAUUAAUACAGUACCUCAUUUCAUAGCAAAUCAUGUCCCACCCACAACCAAAUCGCCGCGAUUAGCUACCGGUGAUAUGAGGACGUUACAUUUUCGAAGAAGUGUCUCCAAUAACCCCUUUUUACAAAAUCAACCUCUCAGAAACCAGAAUAUCGAAACCUCAUCUACAGAAAAAAUCUUUAAACAAACCACUUUUAUGCAAAAUCCGUUUUUCCAAAAUCAUAACUUACCAAAUCCUUCAAAUCAAAUCCCAUUAGUACCGAAUAACGAAUCGACACAAAAUCCUUGGCUACACAAUAUUACUCCCAAGCCUACAAAUCCCGGUUAUGCCAUGCAAAACCCAUACACACCUGUUGCUGCAUCAAAUCCUUUCAUACCAAAUUUCCCUAUACAGACUCCUUCCGAGCCUUCACCGGAUCGCACACCUGAUCCAUUCAUGCCAUUUAUGCCGAACUUUCCCUUCAAUCCCUCGACAAGUAUUCCAAACAAAAUGUCCACUCAAAGUGUACCCGCAGUCAGUACUUCAGCACAGAAUGACACGCAAAGCGUGAUCAAGUCACAAACCGAUAAAAAUAUUUCGUCGACGCCAAGUACGAGCUCAACAAGCACAACUCAGUCGAUUGUAACGCCCAGUUCUGCUAUACGGGCUCCAACUAUCAGCCCAGCAUUAAACGAGCUCAUUAAAAAGGGUGCGAUCAUAUUCCCAGAUUUGCUAUAUCCUACAACAACUACUUCUAGCGCACGACAACUUAUAGAUAUAAGAAGACGCUAG